CCCCCUACAUACCCAGACUAUCCCUCCCCAAAUGAAGAUCUGUCAUCCAAGUCCCAGCUGGAUUUUGCAAGCCUUGUGUUCUUGGUCCAGCCACAGGUCAAAGGUACCCUGGAAUUGGUAAACUUCUUAGCAACAAACCUUUUCCUAUUUUCACUGUACCUUUGAGACCACUUCCUGUAAGCAGUCUAGAGCCUUGUCUAGAAUCAUGCCUCUGUCAGGAACACCAGCCCCACCCAACAAGAGGAAAAAGCUCUCCAAGAUCAUCACUGACCUGUCACACGUAACCCAAGAUGAGUAUGAAUCAGAGCCUGAGGCCUCAGAAUUUGACUUGGGGAAAAAGAUCAGUACACCCAAGGAUAUCAUGCUGGAGGAACUAUCCCUAAUGAAGAACAAAGGCUCCAAGAUGUUCAAGAUGAGGCAGCUGCGUGUGGAGAAGUUCAUCUAUGAGAACAAUCCUGACUUCUUCAGUAGUGAGUCCAUGGAUAACCUCCAAAAGUUCGUGCCCAGCCUAGGGGGCCAGAUGUUGGUGGAUGUUGGUGGCCACCUGAUUGUUGGACAGAUGGCUGGCCAGGCUGGUGGGGCCGGCCAAGCUCCAGUGCCUCCUCCUAAACCCGGAAGCUAUGGAAAGGGAGCAGGGGGUGGGCUGCAAUCAGGUGGGCUCGCUGGUGGAGCUGGAGGUGCCGGAGUAGCAGGAGGAGCAGGGGGGAAGGAUGGUGUGUCAGGAGAUGCCUCACGGAGUGAGGAUCUUUCUAAGGCUACUUUGGAAAAAGGAAAAAAGAGGGCCGCAUGUGUUGAUACAUACGUUUCCCCUUGGGAACGGGCUAUGAAGGGCAAUGAAGAACUUGUAUCCACAAUGAAGGGUCAAAUGCCAGUACCCUGCCCUCAAAAGGAGCUGCGCAAAUAUAAGUCCUUCAACAGGAGUGCUCUGCCUUAUGGAGGUUUUGAGAAGGCCACACAGCUGAUGACCUUCCAGCUGCCAGACAUCGAGGUGGCCACUGAGGAGCCUGAACCUGCAGUGGUGUACCAUCAUGAUAUCAGUUCACGACCCUCCUUCAACCGCACACCCAUCGGCUGGGGGGGCAGUGGUGAACCAGGCAGCAUUCACAUGGAGUUUACUAUACCAUUCGAUGGGGAGACCGACGACCUGUGAACCUACAACCCUAACAAAACAAAACAAAACAAAACAAAAAAGAUAUAUUUAUAUAUACCUGUCCUAAUCACCCUGCACUCUAAUAACCAGAUAAACACACACACACCUCACAAUUUAAUAAUCCAUCAGGAGAAUGGCAAACCUCUCUCACUGUACAUGUAACUUUGAAUCUAAAUC